UUAAUUCAAUUUCCAUACCAAACAAUGCCAUUUCUGUCAUGCAAUUGCGGUCACUGCUCACUGGGCACACGCUGGUUGAACCAAUGUGGAAUAGACGACUUUGCUUUCCCUUCCUCUCAUGACAUCAAUAUUGCUUUUACGACUUCCUUGUGUCAUAUGGAAGAUGAAUAGCAGUGGAUGUGAUAUGCCCAGCUUCAUUAUGAAACAGUAUGAGAAGCAACAAUGCCUGUAGUACACUAUUGUCAUCUUGUUACGCAUUCAUUGGACAUGUGAGACAAACAAUGUUUUGAUUUCCUUUUGGCAGGGACCUCUAUCACAGCCAGAAGUAUAAUUGCUUGUAAUUACUGACCUGAGAAAGAGAGAGAGGUGUGUGUGUGUGCAUGGCUCUAAUUUCUAUCUCUGAUUUCACUGGCAUUAUUUGUAAAUAACCUGUCUAGCAAACAAGACUUUACACGCCUGAAAUCCGAUGCAAAUCUGGUUUUAGUAUGCGCAAUUCACUGGGAACAAUAAGCUACUGUGUAGUACUGGACCUAAAUGUAGGGCCCGACGUCCUGCAUAGGUUGGUGGGGUAUAGAUUGAAGUCAGGCUUCUCUUAAAGGUACACGACUUGUUUACUUUAGUAUUUCAGUCCCUGAAGACUUGAGUCACAUGAUAGGGCUACUUCAUAAAAAGACAUCUGAGCCAGUUUUAAAGGGGUCCGUCAAUGUAAUGUCUUUGAUAUUUCUGCAUUCGAGCAUUGACGAUUUCUGUUUUGCCUCGUAAAUGUUGGGUCGUCGACAAUUAGCUAUGUUUCUAAAUCUCUUUAAGUAAGUCGCCCUCAUUUCAAGUCAUUGCGCUUUCGGCUCUGUUGCUGAAGUACAGAAAUAGACUCAUGGAACCCGCCUUGUGGUCAGAGCCUGCCUGACAGCUACCUGUUAGUUGCCAUAUCAACCCACCAUCAAUCAUCCCAAAACCCGUUGUCAGACCCUCAGGUGGAGAGGCUGUCCCACGUCCAAUCAGAGAGCAGGGGCGGGGCUAGAGGGAGAGCGAGAGAGAAGGGGUUUAUUUCGAGAAAUGAGAGAGAGAGAGAGAGAGAGAGUCUUUUCAGAGCUAAAACAUGGCUGGCAGCAGGUUCACUGUACAGUAGAUGUCUCUCCAAUUUGCCAGCUGUUUGAGAGGCCAGCCACUCUUCUCGCAAUGCAUAUUCUACACUCACACUGCGUUAUAAGGUGGAUCGAUGGCCCGAAAAGGAAAAGAAAGAGCAGCUCAUGUUCGGUGAAGAGCAUGUCUGAAAUGAAGGGAUACGGACAGACUGGGUCAGAGAAUACAGGGUACAUCCCCAGCUAUCUGGAAAAGGAUGAACCGUGUGUGGUGUGUGGAGACAAGGCCACUGGCUACCAUUACCGCUGCAUCACCUGUGAGGGCUGCAAGGGUUUCUUUCGGCGGACGAUUCAGAAGAACCUCCACCCCGCCUACUCCUGUAAGUACGAUGGCUGCUGCAUCAUCGACAAGAUCACCCGCAACCAGUGCCAGCUGUGCCGCUUCAAGAAGUGCAUCGCAGUGGGCAUGGCCAUGGAUCUUGUCCUGGACGACUCCAAGCGGGUGGCCAAGCGGCGUCUGAUCGAGGAGAACCGGGAGAAGAGGAAGAAGGAGGAGAUGGUGAAGACCCUGCAGAACCGGCCAGAGCCCACCGGCUCAGAGUGGGAGCUGAUCCGCAUGCUGACCGAGGCCCACCGCCACACCAACGCACAGGGCUCCCACUGGAAACAGAAACGCAAGUUCCUGCCGGAGGACAUAGGUCAGUCUCCGGUGGCCCCCACGUCGGACGGAGACAAGGUGGACCUGGAGGCCUUCAGUGAGUUUACCAAGAUUAUCACCCCUGCCAUCACCCGCGUCGUCGACUUUGCCAAAAAACUGCCCAUGUUCUCGGAGCUGCCUUGUGAGGACCAGAUCAUCCUAUUGAAAGGCUGCUGUAUGGAGAUCAUGUCGCUGCGCGCCGCCGUGCGCUACGACCCAGAGAGUGAGACGCUGACCCUUAGCGGCGAGAUGGCAGUCAAGCGGGAGCAGUUGAAGAACGGCGGCCUGGGCGUGGUGUCGGAUGCCAUCUUCGACCUGGGCAAGAGCCUGGCACAGUUCAACCUGGAUGACACGGAGGUGGCGCUGCUGCAGGCCGUGCUGCUCAUGAGCUCAGACCGCUCGGGCCUGACGAACAUUGACAAGAUCGAGAAAUGCCAGGAGACCUACCUGCUGGCGUUUGAACACUACAUCAACUACCGCAAGCACAACAUUCCCCACUUCUGGCCCAAGCUGCUGAUGAAGGUGACGGACCUGCGCAUGAUCGGGGCGUGCCACGCCAGCCGCUUCCUCCACAUGAAGGUGGAGUGUCCGACGGAACUUUUCCCCCCUCUCUUCCUAGAGGUCUUCGAGGACCAGGAAGUGUGAGUGGCACCCCCGGAGGAAGUAGUGGAGCGACUUGAGGCAUCUUGGGAAAGGAAGGGAUGUUUUUCUGAAGCUGGGAAGGAUUUUGGCAGGACUUGUGUUUUUCCGACAUUUACGUGGUAAACAACAAACAACGCAACCAGCAGCAGGAGUCAAACAAACAGGAUAUCAUUUUUUUUGACCUACCACCUCUUCAUACCUGUUUUUGGGAAUCAGUUUGGCGGCCCUCCCUGUCUGAGCACGGUGUUUUAUCCAGUGGGAGUUGCAGCCCUUUGCCAAGGCCAACACACACAGACACACACACUCUGGCUCCCCUCUCAGAGCCCUAUUGGAGGCACCUCAGUUGUCACACAUUGCCACUAGAUGGUGUUCUUUGCAGGUUUGCACCUGUUUGAAUUUAUGGCAACCAUCUUUUAAAACCGGUCAGUUAAUUAUACUCCCCGAAUUAGUGUAAGACAAUGAUUCAGGAGAUACGUCACUGACAACACACCCGGACACACACAGAGUUACUGAGUGUGCCAUAUAACUCCUACCGUAGAGUAAAGCUACUAGUACCUACAAUCACGGCUGAACACAACUGAGCCAUUUUCAGACUGGACCGUGAGCAUGUUUUUAACCAAGUCAGGUGCUGUAUUAUAAGGCUACUCCAGUUGUCUGAAAUGUGUAAAUGUGUAAAACUACAGACCACGGCUCCGUAUCUACCUUUGGUUCUGUCAUUAGGCAAGCGCCUGUGACUGGCACUCUCUCAAACCCACACACACACUGGGCAGACCUGCCUUGUCAUUGCCUGUGCUUCUGGUGCCAACAGUAGACCCUCUCAUGAAUGACAAUUGAGCCCUUUUCUCUCCAAGGAAGGUCAUAACAGUGAACAAAAGAGAGAAAGAAGGAGAAGCGCCACUGGCAGGAGUUCUCAGAGGAGAGGGGGGGGGAGAGGGAAAAUAUAGAUUUAAUAGCUGGCAAGCAGAUUCAGUGCCUGGAGACUGAACAGCAUCCUGAAACACACACACACACACACACCCCUACCCUCAGAAACUCAAAGCCUUAUUUACUGUAUAUACUGCUGUGCUGUAGCCCUGACCUGCAGGGUAAGUAAGUCUGAAUCCGCGCCUGUGUGACUCAGCUCAGUAUGGCCCCUUCAGGCUUCCAUACUCAGUCGGUCGUUACUGUAGGGGUCACUGAGAAAGGGCAAGGCCAAUGACGGCUGCCAUUUACCUCAAAGUGGGCACACCCUCAAGGCUGGGGCGCCACCAGGCUCUACCUCACCUCUGGACACAGGGCAGCUGCCCCCAGCCUCCUCCCACACACACACUUUUAAGGAUACUCAACAAACACACAUAGGCACGUGUGACCUCGUAGGCACACAUACAUUAAGACAAAUCAUACAAACACAGGAUACACAAUGUCAGUGUUAUCACUCAGACAAAAGGAAAUACCACUGAAGACAGGAGGGCCUGCCUUUCCCUACGGUCACUUAUCUCUUUUUCGGGGGAGGGGAGGAUGGUAACCAUUAUGUUCAGCUUUUCUCUUUUUUGUUAUGUGGGACCAAGUUUCUCAAUUUGGAAUCACUCUCUUUUUUUUCUUCUGUUGAAACUGAAGCAAAUCAAUCACGUGACGGAGUACAAUGGACAGUCCAGCUGUCACCCUGGAAGAGGAGCGAUACACCGUGAGGAAGCGUAGAACCCCAAGGUGGCCAGGCCAGGCCACUGGCUGUGUUUACCACUGUUUUUGAGGGGAAAAAAGUUCAAAUACAACAUAUUUUUAUUGAAUGCCAAGCAGUAGUUUUUGAACGAGUGAACGAGGCGGAGGGAGGGAUGAAUGGACGGAUGGGUUUCAGCUCCCCGGGAGCAUGUGGAUGAACGCCUGAAGACGCGGAGCGACGGGCGGGAUCGGGAUGGCGGGUACUCAUAGCAGAUGGCCAAGCGUCGCUGCCUCGACCUCAACCGCCGUAGGAGGAGUCCAAACUCAACCUCAACCGCUGGAGGAGGAGUCCAAACUCAACCUCAACCGCUGGAGGAGGAGUCAACCAAGAAAUCCACUGUAAGCAGACCUCAGACCGCUCUGGUGGAGCAGCCAGAAUCCCCUUCCACAGUGCCCCACCCUCCCACUCCACUAGUCUCCCCACCCCCGGCCCUGGCCCAAGCAACGCUGGUCUGGGUUUUGCACUACUGCAGUGGUCCAAACCCCUCUCCCCACCCUCAUCAGCAACUGCACAACCUAGCCCCAACUCAUCUGUCAGUCAUGAACCUUCCUCUGGGAGUCCUGGCCUACUCUAAUGGAAGCCCACUGGGACGGGGCUCCCAACCAACCCAGUCACAUUGUCAGUAUUAAAUCAACAGCCUUCCUCCAACCGUCACCCACUGGGCAGGAGACGUCCCUGGACACCAAACGGAAUCUAGGCCUCUCCCUUGUGAGACAAGGAUGGCCAUAGCAGCUCACUUAGGGUGGCAUCGCCGAAUGAAUGUGAACAGCGAAGGAGCAGUGGGAGCGAGUGAACGAGAGAGUAGGAGAGAGCGAAGGGAGCGGGACAGAGAGACUUCCUUCAUCUGGCAUGGGUUAGAGGGGGAUCGUCGCCCGUUGUCGAAGCACCGUUUGUGAACUUGGAGAAGGGGGAGAUGGCAGUAUAUCAGAUGGUCUCCCCCUUCACUUCCGCAUUGUAACAUUUAAUCCCCCCCCUCAUUUCCACAAAUACCCCCUUCAGCUUUCCAUAAGGAGAGCCACCAACUUUCAAAUGGAGACGAUCGGCAAGAGAAACAGAAUCGGCACUCAAUGGAUUAAAUUCCAAGCUUCUUUGAAAAAGAAUCAAUAACAGAAAAAAAGUAAUCGCAAUAGUGAUGUCCUUCAUUCUCGUGAGCCGAUUGGGUAUGUGUGUUACAAUAGGGGUUGAAAUGCUGCUUUACCUUCUGAGGAAUUUUUUUUUGGGGGAGGGGGAUAUGAUUAUGAACCCAGAAAAGCGAAAUGAGGAAAAGAUGACUUUAAAAAGACUCCUGAACAAAAGUUCAACGCUUGGAGAAUAAGCAGUUUCUUUCUCUCUACAUUUUAUCUCAAUGUUAUUUUUUGUUGAUGUUUGUUUAUGACGCUUAGACUGCUCUGUGUAAAACGGGAAAAAAAGAACAGCCGUAGUCACUUUUUGACGAUGCGUGCAGUGUAACGUAGACAGAAAUGUCACUUAUUUUUCACAUCACCUAUAGUUUGUGUUGACUUCUCUGUUGUCUGUGUAUUUGUCCGAUUGUCCGUCCCUUUUAUCAAGAGGAAUUUACAACAAACAAAA